AUGUCAGUUGCACCAUCUCCUCCACAUGACUUUGAGCUUGAUCUUGAGCUAGACUUUGCUCCUGACGAUCAGUCCGAUGCUGCACCUGCUGAUCCUGAGCCGAUACCUGCUCCUGAGCCUUUGCCUGAUCUUGAUCCUAUCCCAUUUGGCAUACCUGACAUUGCACCACUCAUACCAGACCCAGUUCCUGCACCCGUUGACCCUCCUGUUAUUGAGUCAGUCACUCCCCCACUUGCACCUGCACCUGUUGAUGUUGCUCCUAUUCACCCAGAGACUCUCCUGGGGAGGGCACUUCAGGAGUCUGAUGUACACCGUGUCGAGCCGUCCAUUGUUUUCUUGCAGGAUAUACCCACACCCCGUCCAGGGGAAGGCACUUCUAGCCAGCAGCCUGGCCACGAUCCUCAUGUUCCAGCAGCAUUUCCCCACGUACCUCAGUCUGCACCUUCUGCUUAUUUUACUUCUUCACCACUUGAUGAGCCAUUCAGAUGGUUCCCACCGUACACCAUGAUUUCUGAUCCCUACCAUCCCUCGCACUUUACUGGUUAUACGCGGGAUGAGUUACUUCUAUCAUUGCAGCUUCAGUACGAGAUCAUGAGUCACAGGAUUCUAGAGCUUGAGAUGACACCGCGACCUUUUCCAUGUCCGUGUCAGCCAUCUUUUGUUCCCCCUCGUUCAUCAUUGUCCCCAUUUUCGCAUCCUCCUGCACCGCUUACUCCAUUUCCUAAGUUUGAUACUUAA